AUGAAUGAUCAUCAUAGUAACAACAACAACAACAACAACAACAACAAAUCAAAGUCGUCUCCAUCCUCUACAACCAAAGUAAAUGAUACUACAACUACAACUAGUAUGCCAUCAGUUACAACAAACAACAACACAGAAGCAAUGAUACAAGAGGAAUAUGAUCACCCUCAACGAGAGACACUGCUAUUCGAGUAUCUACCCUAUGUCUAUUAUUCAACGUCUCCUCAUAAUAAUAAUAAUAAUAAUAACAAUAGUAAUAAUAACCAAAACCAUCAACAUCAUCAUCAUCAUCACCACCAUCAUCAUCAUCAAGAAGGAAAUCAAGCUGAUAGACCAAAGGGUGUAUUAAUGAUAUUGAUGCUCAGCGGUGAUGUAUCAUUCUAUCCAAUAGAUUCAAAUGAAUUGAAUCAGUUGCCAUCAAAACUAUCUGCAAGAGAUCAUCUACAUCAACAGCAGCAACAACAACAACAACAGCAACAGCAACAACAACAACAACAAUCACCUCCACCAACAUCUCCAUCGUCAACAUCAUCAGCUACCACAGCAGGAGGUGAUCCCAAAAACAAGUACUCAAAGUACAACAUUUCAUUAAGUUUAACAAAUGAACAUAAAGUAUAUCAUUUCAACUUUAAUGGUAAUGAUCAACAACAACAACAACAACAACAACAACAACAACAACAACCAAAUCAUGACAAGAGACUAUUACUAUUGAUUGGUUGUUAUCAUAAAGGUUUAAAAUGUCUAACAGUAUAUCGUAUCAAAGAUGAAGGACCAGAUUAUUUUGAAUUAAUCUAUUAUGAUGCUAGUUUGGCAUUUGUAGAUGCUUGUUUUUCAUCAGAUUCACAAAUGUUGGCAUGUAUCUUGUCAAGAUUCUCCAAUUAUCUCUUUAUGUUGCAAUUGCCAUACCUAUCACCAACUAAAAAGCUAUCACAAGAUGCUAUAAAGUAUUUCCAACAACAACAACAAAGACAACAACAGCAACAACAACAAGAACAAAUGAUGGGAUCUUAUCUUUCUCAGAUGACUUUUAAUCAUCAUGUGAAUCAUACUUUUCAUUUUGCUGGUGCUUCUUCUACUUCGGAUAAUACUACUACUGCUGCUACAUCCCCUUCAACUUCAUCUUCUCCUAGUACUACUACUACUACUACACCUUCAGCUACUAGUACAACACCUGCUCCUGCUACUGCGACCUCUUCUACUUCUACUACUGACAAAAACAAGAACCAUUCAAAUAAUAAUAGUAAUAAUAAUAAUAGUUUAGUAUGUUUUGAACCAAGAAAAUUUGGACCAUUGGCAAUUGUUGGACCUGCCAAGAGUUUAACUGGAGCACCAUAUAAUCAUACUCAUAUAGCUUCUAAUCCUCAACCAUGUCCAAACAAAGCAGACCGUAUUGAAUGCUUUGAAUAUGUGACUUGGAACGAUGAUGCAUUGGGUGAAUAUUGUUUUUGGGGAUUGCAAAAGGAGAGUUCUCCACAGAGACAGUAUCCUCUGCUAAAGUAUGAAUGGUCGACUAGAUCAAUCAACAACAAGAGUAGACAAACUACUAGCAAUGGCUACCUCUCUGGUGACCCAUCCACCACUACCACAACCACUACAACAACCACUACUACAACUUCCAAUGGAGGUAGUACAACCACUACCACUACAACGACCAUCAGUAAACAUCCUUCUUCAUCCUCCCAUCACCACAAUACUGGUGGAAAUGAUCGAUCUGUGACGACUACAAGUACAACUCAAAUAUAUUGGGAGAGUACACCACAGAGUUGGAUUAUUGAUAUGAUCUUUUCUCCCAAGGGUGAUAGUAUCAUGACGGUUGUUAGGAAGGAGUUUCCAGAUCAACAAAAUCAAAUGUUGAAUGGUAUAGGUGUACAAACGAUAUCAUCGUAUAUUGCAACGAGUACAGAGCAACAACAACCAACAGCAUCAGCCACCGAUUCUUCUCAACAGCAACAACUAGCUACACUACCAUGGAGUCAAUUAAUGUCUACCAAACAACUUGAAUCACUCGAAGGAUUAGUUGCAAAGUGGACAGAGUCGCUGUUUUUUGGUAAUGGAUUUGUUCCGAGUAUUUUACACCGAGGAGUUGGAAUACACGAGAUUGUAUCAUCGUCGACAGGUGUCAUAUUUACAAAUGGUGGUGUGGACGACAUGACAACAUGUUCCAACUAUAUUCAAUUGGGAAGAUACCACCGUCUGUUGAUUGGACACUACAAUAUCUAUCUCAUCACACUGACUCCUAAAAACUCUGAACCGAUCGAUUGGAAGCGAGUACUCGACCAAAAGGACCAAUCGACCCAAUUCACAAAAUCAUUGAAAAUGAUUGGCUAUCACAUCAACAAUCUAAAGACUGUUCAACAGAUACCCCAUGCCAUCAAAGAUACACAACAAAGUAGUAAACAACAACAAGAACUACUCAACAAAUUGAUCAUGGAUGAUUUAUCUGGCAACAACAACAAGACUCCAUCCAAUUACAAUCCAUCAGGUGAAAAGAUAGGAAGAGGUGAAGGAGAUUGUUAUGUAGGUCUUCAAUUGUACAGGUGUCAUCAGUGCAAACAGACACUCAUGAAACCACUGUUGUGUUCUGGUUGCAAAGCAGUUGUCUAUUGUUCCAAGGCUUGUCAAAAAGAAUCAUGGUUUCACGAUGGUCAUCGCGAUAAAUGUUCUCCACCCAUUACUAUAAGUUCCAUGGCUCCAUCACUACAAACUUAUUAUCUAAAUAAUAAACAACCUCAACAAUCUCAAUUAUAA